UUAAUAUGUACAUUUUCAUAUCAAAUGAGAAUGCAAAACGCAAAAUAGGCCUAAAACCAAAAUUGCCAUACGAAAUAUUGUCACGUUAUCCGCUUGCAACUGGUCACAAAAUACCUAAAAAUAUCGUCGCCAUAUUGGUAUUGUCAAAAACUUCGGGAUAUAUCGGUGCCGAUGAAAAAAUGGUUUCAAGUCUUUUAAUUACCGAGUUAUCUGUUUUCGAGUGAUCUAAAAGGACCUGCGGUGACUUUAGAUGUUACGUUUGUCGUAUGAGUUGUGUUAUUCGGUUCUUAAAUGAUGUUUUCAAUGGAGAAAUGUUUGGGCCGUAGUGGUAAAGGUGGUAGUGAAGGUGCCGAUUUAUUCGCCGGCGGUGGCGAGGGUUUGGGUAAAGAGGGAGUGCCUUCUGAUGAGGUCGCUUCAGCCGUGGCCGCGGUCUCGGACGAGAUCGGAGACAUCCUGAAGGAUGAGCUGGGUGACGCUGAUCGCGCGGAUCGCAUCGGAGCAGAGCUUGCAGAUUUGAGCGCGGAGCUUGGUCUGCUGGCAGGCUUAGCUGAUGGGGAGCCGCAGCAGGAUUUCCCGUCACUCUUCGAAAUAGCCAUGGGCCACCGUGGUUCUCGCAGUGGAUCAUCGUCGUCAUCGUGGUCUGGGGGUCGCGGGGGUCGUCCGAGGCGCAACUCGAGACCCCUGAGGGCACCGAGGCGGCGGCCCAUCGCUAAGGGGAAGGAGAUGUCACGUCGACGCAGUGCAGCGGCUCGGCGCGCAGUGUGUAUGCGCGUGCGUCGGGUGGAAGUCGUGUCGGACGCGUCGGACGUAGGCGCCGACUCCGACUCAGACGACCAGUGGACUGAGCUGGACGAUCCAUGUUCGUCCGACGCUCCGUCCAUGAAGCCCGCAGCCGUCGACUUGGACUGCAACGGAUACCAGCACAAAGCUUCGGCGGAGGCCCCAGCAAUGGGCCAGUUCCUCCUGCCGCUGCUGAGCGCUGAGGCUCCGGCUCCGGACCCUGAGCACUUUCCCAUCCGACACGAGGACAUACUGCAGCUCCUCGCGUCCACAGAGGAGGGAGUUCACGAGGAGAUACCCGCCGAGGAGGAUCUGCACUGCCCUCCAGAACCACAGACUGACAUGCUGUCUGGCAGCGAGGUGCUAGAAUUUGACGACACAUCGGUGACGGCCGAGGAGGAGGCUGCCUUACUGCACUACGUCUGCGGAAUGGACGCGGAGCGCGGCGAGGUGAGCGCGGCGUGGUCCCCGGUGGCGGAGUGGUUGCUGGGCGUGUUCCACUCGUGGUGCGAGAUCUCGGCGCUCAUGUUCACCAUCAUCGAGACUGAUAUGAGCAUGGAGAUGGUGACGGAGGAGUGGAUGUACCGCGCCCGGUUCGGCUGCCACUGCCAGCUGUGCCUGUGCCUGGCCAACAACGCGGACGCGGUCUUCGCCGUCAUACGGGACGUCGUCUGGGCGCUCGCUCAUUGCGGCAGUACGGUGGGCGUGGCGGCGCGCGUGGUCCGCGGGCUGGGCGGCGGCCAGGCGGCCCCCUCCGCGCCCGCCGCGCCAGCCGCGCCCGCGCAGCUCUGGGACACCGCCACGCUGCGACGCGCGCUCGCCGCGCCGCAAGGUUCAGCAAUAAUCCACGAGCAACUAACGAAGCUGGCGGCGCAGAGCGACGUGACGCGCGACAUCGUGCACAAGAUAUGUCUCUGUCGCCCCUACGACAAGCCCUUUGAUAAGGAGAAUGCUGGCGAGAGGUUCUACAAGAUACUGGAGAACUUCAAGGCGGCUUCUACUAUCUCGUUCAAUGUGGACAUGUGGUGCGCGGCGCGCGGCGGCGCGGCGUGGGUGCGGGGUGCGCGCGCGCGGCUGGCGCGGUCGCUGCGGCCCACAGCGCGCGCCUCCACGGCCGCGCGCCUGCGGGACGUGCGCGCGCGCACCUCGCCCGCUGACCUGUCGGCGUGGGCGGGGUACAAGCACAGCUGCGACUGCCUGACGCCGCGGACUCUCUGCGCUCAGCAGAGGGAACAGUUGAUGAGCGGUCUAUGGGGUCGGCCGAGGUUCUGUAGUACCAUAGUCUCAUUUUUCGGUACGAUCGAUGGUGCGAACGAAUUCAACGGAACGGAAAUCGAAACGCGAACUGAUGGUGAUAAGCCUCCGAACGAAGAACAAUCCGAGACGACGAGUAGAGAGUUACAGCAGGGUGAUGGAACGGGUGCCAAGCCCCCGGAGGAAGGCCCGGAUGACAUCCAGAGUAUGGGCAGCGCGGAGAGCCACGCCUCGCACGAUACUGGAGACGACGCAGAGAGCGGAGAUGGCGCUGAGAGUGUGGGCGAGGGCGCGGAGUGCGCGGAGGGCCAGCUGGCCCCAGCGGACCACGACAAGGACACCGACUCCAACCCCACCUGUGACCUGGACGACUUAUCAGAAUCGGACGCGAACUCACUAGGACUAUCAACAUCGUCAUCAUUAGAUUCAGCAUCAGAGCUACUCCUCGCUGCAGCGGCUGCAGUGGAAUCCCGAUCCCGAUCAGGAUCCGGAUCCGGUUCCGGUUCAGGAUCCGGUGGGGACGCGGCUCCGGCUCAGCUUUGUCGUACAGUGAGACAUCUGAUGCGGUCCAUCGCGUCUAUCGAAAGGUUGAUGGAUCGAGUGCUGAAACAUUGUGACGAUUGGCCCGCGCCGCCCACUAGGAAUGAUCAUGAGACCAGGAAACGCGUAGACAUGGGACUAUCUGAGGUAGACCGGAAGCUGAUGGCGAUGUAUCGGAGGCUACCGGAAGUGCAUCGUAGGCAGCUGCAAGUUUAUAGGAAACAAAAGAAAUUAUCCACUGUGUGCAUGCAGCUAGUGGGGGGCCUGGCGCCGGCGCCCCCUCCCCCCGGGUCCCCGCCCCCCGCGGCCCCCCCGCAGGCCUGUCGUGCGCUCUGUCCCGAGUACCACCUGCAGAGGUUCAAGGAGGUCCGACGUAAAGUAAUGCACAUGCGCGACCAACAGCUCUACUACCAUAGACUACGGAUGUGGCUGGAAGAUCAACUCAGACAGGAGAGGGAGAGUCUCCCGGAAUCGAACGUAACCUUAAUCGAAGACUUACCCCGCCGCAAAAGGCGGACAGCUAGCCCAAAAGUCCCGCGGCUCACAACCGGCUCUAAGCGCAAACUAAAACCGGUCUCGCCAUCUAUUAGUAAACCACACAAAAUACUUCAAAUGCUCAAACACAAGGCUCCAGCACAAACCACUCACUUAUUAACCGAUUUUAAACAUGAGCAGAGCAAGAUAGAAGUCGAUCCGCCUGAAGCCUUCCCCCUAGAAAGAGAAGACAAUAUAAGUGACACUGAAACUAUCGUAGGAGAAAAAGAGACGGUAGAUAUGUGUAAAGAAAUGAAAGAAUGCCUCGCCAAGUUCUCCAAUUUUGGUUUAACGAACGAUGGUAAUGAGGAAUUUCAAGUGCAAGUUGAAAAUAAAUAUCCUGAGUCUGUAAGUCCGCCCCUACAAGAAAUGUCACCAACUACUCCGGAACCGAUGCCCGUGUAUACUUCAAAACCUAACCAACGACUGCUCUCCGUUAACAAAUUUUUGAAAAAAGAUGAGAACUCAGACUUUAACCAACCAAUUUCAACUGAAGUAUUGAACAUACCACUCAAUGCUCGAAGGACUCCUAUCUUAGUAAAAGAUGAGAAAGAAACCUUAACGGAGCCUUUAGAAAAUGAUAAAGAUCCAAACGUUUAUAAGUAUGUAUCCUUCGGGCUUGAAAUUAAAAAAGCUAUGGAGGAAUGUCAGAAUAUAAUUAAUUCGUAUAAUAGCAUCAAAGAUGGACGAAAGGAGGACGACAAUCAACUGUCUUUAGAACAGAUUUGUGAAGUUAUGAUGACUCUAGAUAAAAAUUCAGCAGAGUUUCUAGACAAAAUUGACUCUGAAGAAUCUAUAGAUCUUAAUUCGGCGAACACAAAACUAGUGGAACUUGUUGAAAAUAUGCCUCAAAUACUAGCGAACAUGCCAGAAAUUGCAUCGAAGUUAUCCGAAUUCGCAAACGCUUCCUUUGAGCUACCAGAAUUUGCGUCUAUUAUGAGCAAUCUACCCGAAGUUAAUAAUGAAGCUCAGCUCACUCCGGAGACGUUGAAACAAAUACGCGAUUUGAAACUAAAUAAGGCUAGGGAUAACGUCAAAGUGACAAAGAAUACUGCGAAGAGAAAAACCCAACGUAGACUUAAGAGUAAUAUCGAGUCCAACGAUGUAAUAGGCACUAUGACCUUCGAGUUAGACAAUAGAGAUAUAGUAGAACUACUCAAAGACGAAAAAGACCUUCAGGCGUUAAUGAAAAAUAAAAAUAAGGACGACUUCAAAGAUCUUCUCUUCUCAAUCUCCGCUCAAGUCGUUAUCAACAAAGUGUUUGAAUAUUUAAAGCAAAACAAAAGUCCCAUGUUAUGUUUGCCGAAAAGCAGUUUGAAUUCGGAAAUGUAUUCUAAAGCGUCUACAUUAUUCGAAUAUUCGGUCAAGGACGCGCUGAGUAUGGAGGAAUUGAGACAUUUGGUCAAAUUAAGAUUUAACUCCUGGAAAAACUACGUGUCAUCAAAAUUCAAGGGUAUUCCUGUAGAAAUACUGGAGAAUGAGAUCGAAGCCAUGCUAGACAAGUUCUACAGCUAUAUACACGAUUCAGCUGGGAAAAAUUAUGCUCCCGACUUCGAUAGGAUGGCGGCGAAAUUUGAAGAGUUAAGGAAACAUCAUGAAACGCACAGAGACUCCGACUCCGAUUCUCGAGAGACGGUCAGACAAAUCCUUCUAACGACCUCCGUAGGAAAUACUAUAGACAUUCUAAUGAUGAAAUUUCCAAAAUUAACCCACGAGAAGAAAGAAUUAGUGAAAGGUUUAAACUUUAAGUAUAUGAGUGUUUUGCACCGCUGUUGUGAAUCUCAAUCGCUAGCUAAUUGGAUUCUGACAGAUCCAGAAACAGCCAUCAAUGUGAUACAAGAAUUAAUGGAUUUCCAAUUGAAGAAACCUGAUAAUGUGCCAGAUUUUACCACAAUGUCGAAUGAUAAGAAACGGGAUUACUUUAUAGAGAGACUUCGCGAUGUUAACAAGCAGUAUUUGGAGACGUUACCCAAGAAGAAUCUGUCGGGAGACGAGUGGCUAGUCAUUCUUUAUAAGUUAGAGCAGUAUGAAGAAAAACUAAAAGAGAACAUUAAUAAGGCGACCCCUCAACCGGUUAAGACGACUCAGAACGCCAGUGAGGCGGAAAUUUUAGCAGCCAAAGGUCUUAGCAAGAUUAUAGGUAAAGCUAGCAUACGCGUCGUUAAAAAAACCGAACAACCACCUAAGAAGAAAGAAGAACCACCGAAGGUUAAUGAAACAGAAGAGAAGAAAUGUAAGAAUGACGCUCUAUUAGCUAAGUGUGAAGCUAUACUUACUUCUAAAGGAGAAAAAUCACUUCUAGACAGCUUUUACACAAUCAAAUCAUAUAUAACACAAGGUCUGCCAGUACCUGAAACGUAUAAGAAGCACGUCAUAAAUAUAUGUUCGUCAAUAGACGCGAAACUUUUAGAUGAAGAUGUAGAAGAAAUAAAAUCGGAAGCGACAGAAGAUGGCAAGGAAAAACCGCCUCUAUCGCCGCAAAAUCAUGAGAAUUUAGCGAAAUAUUCCGCUCAAGCACUUCGUAAUGCUAAACAAACAUUGAAUGCAGUCGCUUUUAAGAAUAUCAACAGAAAUGGACAGAGUAAAUCUGAGAGCGAUGCUUGUGAUACCCCAAAAAGUGAUUGUAAAUGGACGAACGAUUGUAUGUGUAAUUCAUGUAAAGAUAAUGACUCUGCGUGUAUAGGGGAUAUGGUGAAAAAUUGCUACGACGAUAAAAAAGUAGAGAAAAAGAAAGAAGUCAAGAAGCCCGUCGUGAAACCCAAGCCUAUAGCGAAAGCGUGCGAGAAUGUGAACCAUCAACAGCAUGUUUGUAAAGGUGAGUUAAUUUCAUUAUUUUAUUCAAACACUAGCUACUUCCGCGCGUUUUCACACGCUCUGCUUAGCUCCUAUUGGUCGGAGAAUGAUGUUUAG